AUGACUCGCUAUUAUCGGACUGUUAAAUUGGUGACCUCUGAGCAUCGAACAUCAACAACAAGCAUCAACCUUCCCUUAGGGAUCGGCCAUACUAUUCCUGCUAUUCCUACGACUCCUGCGAUUCCUGCGAUUCCUCUCGGCCUGUUAACUGCAGGAUUACGGUGGGCGAAGGGGAGUGGCCGGGGUUCCGUUGCGCCGAUUCCGUUGUUCCUCAUCGACUACUGGGAUAUUUGCACGCAUUGUCGGUCACAUAUUCAUUUGCAAUCAGUCUCUCUCAUAGUUCGUGUUAUGUAUACUUUGAUUACAUCUGUUUUCGUUAAUGCGGAAGACACAGUUGAUGGGGAGGUAACCGAUGAUCAAGAUGUUGUAAAAGCUGAAGACGAUGACUUGACCGUAACUUCUUCGCCUGAUGCGGCUGUUUCGUUCAUUUUUACACAACCUCCUGGAGCAAACACUGGCAAAGAACUACUGGGUGGAAAAGUUGUCAAAUUCCUGAUCGGAUUCCAAAACCGAGGCGAAAAAGAUUUCAUAGUGAAGCAUUCGGAGACGUCAUUCCGUUAUCCCAUGGACUUCAACUACUAUCUCCAAAACUUCACUCUUGGCCAAUAUAAUCGCCGUGUUUCACCGAAAGAAGAAGUCACCCUCGAUUACGCUUUCUUUGCCCAUGAGAGUUUUGCCGGACGCCCUCUCGGACUUGUUGUGAAUCUUCACUACGAAGAUUCAGAGGGGCAUUAUGUCACCAAUGUCUUCAACGAUACCGUUACUAUUCUCGAGGAUGAGUCUGCUUUCAACACAGAAACUGGAUUCAUGUAUCUCGUUUUUGCUGCUCUACUUGUGCUCUUGCUUUUGAUCGGACAACACUUUUUAAAUAAGUUCACUCGCAAAGCUGGCAUGCAAAAGAAGAGACAACCUGUCGUGGAACAAGGAACUAGCAAUUCGGAAGUCGACUUCGAAUGGAUUCCGAGGGAGAUUCUGAAACAGAAUGAGAAGAAGUCUCCCAAACCAAGCUCACCUCGCAACAACAACAAUGAAAAGAUUGAGCUUCUCUUUCAUGGAAGACAUGGCUGGUUUCUUCAUCCUAUGACAGCCCCAAAUAGGGUUCACAGCGUUAUGAUUGGCCUCGGAAAGCGCGCUCCAAUCGCAAUCGGUUAUGUAAAUUGUAAAGCUCGUAACAUGGAGCUUCCACUUGUGGAAAAACAGGAGGCUCCCGAAGUUGUGGCUCUUCGAGCCAACAUGCAACGACUUCGACUGUUGAAGGAGCGCAUGAGCGCUUGUACCAAGACUAUGGCUGAGCUUCGCUCAUCAUAUGCCAGCGUUACCGCACGAACAUCAAGUCUACAUGAUGCCUGCGACCGUGCCUUGGCAUAUCAAACUGCAUUAGCAGCAGGUGCAGAGCAAAUUCGCACCAAUUUACACUUCUUCAAACAAGCCGACAUCAUUAUGAAGAAGCUAAACAAUACAACAAAAAUAUCUGUAACUGGCCAAAUGUUCACCGGUAUCCUAGCCACUAUCGACGAAUGUCUGACGUUCCUUCGCCAACAUCCGGAGUACAAGGAGUCUGCUGCAUACAUCGUCAAGUACGAGCAGUGUCUUAGCAGAGCAAUGACAUGGAUUCGAGUUGGUGUUAUGGCCGAUAUUGAAGCUUCAGUGAACGAUGUGAGAGACAGGCAGUCACAGCUACAAGUUGACUAUGCGAAAUUGGGUGAUGGUGGUGCAGACGACGACACUUUUGCGCUGUUGUAUGGUGUUUUCGCUACCCGGGCUAAUUCCGUGAAAGCAGCGCUUUCUGUGGCUGAGCAACGAUUUUCACAAGUACCAGAGCUGAAAGCGAUGUUGUUGGAAUGUCAACAAGCGUACUUCAAUACUAGGCAGCAGCUUCUUGCACCAAUCAUCCAGGCUACUCUUGCGCAUAUGGCCAGCACCUACGCUGAUUCCUCUUGUGCUUUGACACGCAGCAGCUGCUCGUUUAUCUUGGGUUUGUGUGACGAUGAGUUCCGAUUGUAUAGACAGUUUUUCUCGACUAAUCAAGCAGCUGAUGGUCCCCCAUCCCGUUAUGGGAGACGGACUAGUCCCACUCCAUCUAUUGCAUCGACAUAUCAGACGCAGUCAGAUACUUUGCAUCCAUUCGAAGAAUUUAUCGAAGCAAUAUGUCGUCUACUGUAUGACAUGCUGCGCCCGAUCGUGAUCCAUAAUCCUCACUUGGAGACGCUUGCAGAAAUAUGCAGCAUUCUCAAGGUAGAGAUGAUUGAGGAACGAUGUUCCGUAGUACCAGCGAUCGUGGCGGAAGAAUGUACUUCUUUUGACCCAAGAGCAGGAUUUGUACGUGUUAUUGGCGAGUUGGUGGGAGACGUCGCAGAGCGAAUUGUAUACAGAGCUGCUCUGUACGGACAGACAGACAUUGCUGGAUACAAGCCUGCGACAGGCGACCUCGCUUAUCCGGAGAAGUUAGAAAUGAUGAAGACUAUUGAGUCAGAGAAGAAGAAAGAAGACGCUGCGGUUGUGGAGGAGGAUGCUGGAAGCGGCCGUAAAGAUUCUACAUCAGCUCGUCCAAGUCCAGCUCCCAUUUCCGCAGUUGACCUGCAUUGUUUAUGGUAUCCCACUGUACGCCGUACGGUCAUGUGCCUAGCGAAGCUGUACAGAUGCCUUGAUGUAGCGGUUUUCCAGUCGAUAGCUCGCGACUUACUCGGUAUGUGCUGUGAGUCUUUAGAGGCUGCUGCUCUGUAUAUUGCUGCAUCGCCAUCCAAAAAGACAGGUCAUAGUAAGAAGCUAGAUGGAGAACUAUUCCUUGUCAAACAUCUGCUUAUCUUGCGAGAGCAAACUACUCCAUAUAGGCAAGCUGCUCACAGGAUUGAUGCUACGCUACCCAUGUAUGAUUGUUCAAUUGACUUCGCAAAAAUGAAAAGUUCCUUGUUUGACGACAAAAGUCGCUGGUUCGAACUAAGCUCAAACAACGCUUUUCUGGAGCUACUGUUUUCGGUUCCAAUUUACAUCUCCGAACAAAGCGGUGACACCCGCCGAAUUAUCGACAUUCAGUUGCGGAAACGUUGCAAUGAGCUCAUUACUACCAGUGCAAACAUUGUUGUUGGUCCUUUGAUGAACUGGGUGGAUACUGCUGAGGACGAGCUUCUGAAACCGGAUUUUGAUAUAAAGAAACACCCUGAUCUGUCACCUGCAAAAGUUAGCGAAUUGGCGAAGGCUGCAGUCAGAGCUCUGACACAUGCAUGGCCAGAGCUUUGCGCGACAUAUUCGCUGUACAUUGGAGUCCCAGAAACUGAAGCAAUACUGCUGUCGCCGGUGCGCAAGCGGAUUGCUGACACCUUCGCUAGAGCUAUAUCAUUUGCUGCGAGAGCAUACGAUGAUGAAGGCAGAAGUAUCGCUGCGCUUCCAACUGUACAGCAUGUCUAUCUUCUUCUGAAUAAGGAAUAAUUUUUUCUGCGCUUUCAUCGUUUAUCUAAUGUGUCAAUUAGCAGAAGGUUCGACCUUUUGGUGAUCUUUUUCUUACAUCAUUAUAUGAUGAGAUGGAAUUAAUAGAGUUGAUGCAUCACAUGGAAAAUUCUAUUUAAUAUGUGCGUUGCGUUACAAAUUUUUAACAUUUAUUGUGCAUAACUUUCUCUGCGAUAGGAAAUGCUUGGAUUUUGUAACUGUUGCACAGGUGAUUCAUGUGUCAAAUUUACCUAAAUGGG